UUCGCCGAGGUGCACAGCACACCGCGGUGCAGUGCGGUGCAGGAUCACAGCCAGCCGCGCGCGGCCGCGGCCCCAGCAUGCUCGGCGACGAGGAGCAGCGGCAGCGCGGCAGGCUCGGCGCUCUCGACGUCCGCCAGGACGGCGUCGACACCUGGAGCAGCGCGAGCAGCGCGAGCAGCGCCGGCGGCACCGAGGCCGCGGACCUGCGGACCCUGUCGACGUCGUCCUUCGGCAACAUCGCGGUGGAGGGCUCGUCCGGGGUGCUCAUCGGCGGCACGACGCACCUGCACCAGGCCAUCACCCUGGUCGUGCCCGCCGACACCCCCCCGCCGCCGCCGCCGGCCGUCGCCGUCCGGGACCCGCAACUCCCAGACCUUCUGCCGCACGCUGCGCGCGGCCGCCAGAAGCACCUCCCCGUCGACACGCAGCCGGACGGUUCGACGGCGUGCUCGAGGCGGCCGUCCUGCCCUGCUUCAGGUCUCCGUUCGAACGGGCGCCGGAUUAGACUUGCGGUGUGCGCUGCGCUUGCCGUCGCGAUCCUGUGUUUCCUCCUUUCCCUUUACCUCAUUCUCCCAAACUGCUACGAGUGGGUCCCUUACCCCGACGACGGCGCCCUGCCCGGCUGCGCGCUCGCGGGCGGCCGCGGCGUCUCGGGCGAGGCCCUGUUCAUCGCCAGGGCGUACAUCAACAACAAGUACCGCGACUACGUGCCGGGCAAGGUGGUGCCGAGCGCAGGGGGCGCCUGGGCCGCCUGCUUCACCUGGAACGGCAGGGAGGACUGCAGGAACAGCUCCUUCCAAGUGCUGUGCGCCGACUCCCGGCUCGGCGAGUGGGUGGACUGCGCCGGCGGCAACGUGACUGACCACGCGGUGUACUCCGGCGGCGCCAGCGACUCCGAGCGCCUGUACGUCUGCAGAGUGCGGGACAGGGGGGCCGUGACCCCGGGCAAGCUGCACCCGUCCAAGGGAGGCUGCUACGUGGCGCUCGAAGGGGCGGAGGUGCGCUACCCUACGUACCAGGUGCUAGAUCACUGCGAAACGCUUCUCUGCGUAUUAGGGAAGAUUCUCAAACGUUCGAAUUACGGACGCUGCCAGAACGCACCCAGAAAACAGCAUUCUUAGGCUUGGUUCAUUCAAGCCGAUUUUCUUAAUUCAACUUUUAUUUCUUAAUUCGAAGAAAAAAUUUCCUUGAUUCAAGAAAAUCGGCUUGAAUAAACCAAGAAUAGCGAAAACAAACCGAAAUUUGCCUUGAGUAAAGAAUUCAUUUUUCUGAGUGCGCCACGCCACAUUCAUUUCGUAGAUUUACGUCAGCUAGGCUAGGGUCACCCCUCCCUAAAACCGCAUUAAAUAUCGGGUUGCAAAAAUAGUUCAUUUUUAUUAAAAAUCCACUUUAAAAAAUAUAUACACAGAUUUAGAAUGUUCACAAUAAAUGUAGUUAAAAUAGCAAAGAGGG